GCUGGAUGUAGUGUUGCAAUGUUCUGACGUCAUGUAGGCCAGUGACGACAGACAGGAACCAGUGGAAGGGAGCUUGACAAAUCAAGAUGGCACCCUACGCCGAAGCAGGAACGCGAUUUCAGUAUAAAUAAACUCGUUCGGAGAACAGUUUAAAAUUGAGUGCUACCUCGACAAGACGUCGUUUGGAUUUCGAAAGAACAAGACGGAGCAGAUACAGGUCUGUUUUCACAGUCUCUAAAUGGCUGCGAGGAAGUCUGGAUCAGAUGCAUACAACAAUGGACCCAUCAGCUACCUUGAUGACGUUCCCUUCAAGAUUAAUGAAAAAUUCCGCUGCCCUGCCAAAGUGGGGCUGCCUGUUGGUUUCUGCCUACCUGACUGUGGCUCUUUGCUGGUGGACACACAGUAUGACUUUUCUCUGGAGAGGCGUAGUAUGCGGUGGGGGGCUGAACUGGCUGAGGCUAGAGCAGCAGAGGCCAGAGCAGAAGAAGCAGCAGCCAAGCGGGAUGCAGAGAGCAGAGAGUGUUUGGCUAAGGCCCAGGACAUUGAUGGUGGUGGAGGGAAAAAACCCCGGUCUGCUGCAGAAGACAAUGACGUUCCACCACCAGCGAUGAACCCCGUCUUGGCAGGGCUGAGCCAUAAUGCCAUCCUCACUCCACUGCCUGCCCCAAGCCUUGGCCCCAGGAAAACCCAGCCUAGCACUCCUCAGCUACACAGCCUCAACUUAGCUGAUUUUGAGCGGGAAGAGGACCCCUUUGACAAGUUGGAGCUAAAAACUUUGGACGAUAAGGAGGAGCUCAGGAACAUCCUCCAGAGCCAGCCCCAACCUCAGCCUCCUCCCUCUGUAUCCCCACCCGAGGUCUCCCAGAUAGGGUCAGCAUCACGUGGAAACAGCCCAUCUCCACCCAGCACCAACACCAGCCUCCCAGCCAAACAAGGCUUUACCCACAAACCCAACGGAUUGGUUGCCUUGCUGGACAUGGACAGGGUUGGGCAUCCUCGGAGAGUGGGGUUUGACACAGAUGACCGACCCUGUAAUAUCCGCUCUCUGACUUUUCCCAAGCUCUCUGAUUCUGGUGACCCAGAGCCAGUGAGGUACAGCCCACACCCUGUACCCAUCCCUGCUCCCCGACAGAAUCUACCCAAUGGCAGCCCCCCAUCCAUACCCAAGGCCCAAGUUAUUGUUGCCCCUGAGCCCCCCAGCCACACCAAGUUUGGCACACCAAAAAUGGUAAACCCAGGGUCAGGACCUGCUGGUCUGCCGUGUGGCGGAGCCCUGCUCAGCAUGACCCCCAGCGAGCGACAGUGUGUGGAAACCCUUGUAGGCAUGGGUUACUCUUAUGAGGGUGUCCUACGAGCCAUGCAUAGACAAGGGCAGAACGUGGAGCAGGUCCUGGAUUAUCUUAUUUUAUCUGGACGUCUGUGUGAGCGGGGCUUUGAUGCAAGUGCAGUGGAGGAAUGUUUAGAGAUGUACCAAUGCUCAGAGGAGAAGGCCUUGCAGUUCCUUGAACUAAUGUCAAGAUUUGGCGAAAUGGGAUUUGAGCGGGAUGCCAUCAAAGAGGUGCUGCUGGUCCACAACAAUGAUCAGGACAAGGCUCUAGAGGACCUGAUGGCUCGUGCUGCAGCUAGCUGAGCCAAGCUAACCAGCCAAACAAUGCCUAGCCCAGGGCUUGCCUCCCACUACCACCCAACACAGCCCCUUUCCUUCUGCCUACCCUAUCACACCAUGUCCUGUCCUUGCCUUGGCUAUGGAAGGGACAGCUGGGAAUCAGUUGUAUUUCUCUCUGUGCUAAAACGUAUUGUGUCUCAGCACUUCUUAAAGACUGUGUGCCUGGAGUGGAGGGGUCAAAGUUUAACAAUUCUUCAU